UUAUGGGAAGGCUAAGUAGCAGCUAGCUAGGUGGAUGUUGAUUGGUGGAGUCAGCCCCACCGGCAUGAAAAUAUUAUUUACUGUCAGUCUCUGCAUGCCCACAUGGCCAAAACUCAGGACAGAGAUUUGAGGCCAAUCCUGCAAACCAUCACUUGCACAAGACGUCCCACUUGCUUCAGUUAAACUAGCAUGGGUAAGGAUUAUUCUUGUAAGUAAAGGGUCAUGGGAUCUUGGAUUUCUAAUUGUAAGCAGCACUAAGACCUACUGCUGUUCCAUUUGGAAAGUUGAUGGCAAAAUUCCCAUAGACUUAAAUAAGAGCGAUAUCAGGGAUAGCAAGGUUCAUGUCCAGCUAAUCCUGUCUAUCAGAAGUUUAUUUUUAGUGCAGAAUUAGCUGAGGUCAGAGUCGACGCUGUGGGGUUUAGGAAGCUGUUCAGUGUCUCUCUGAAGGACUGACUUUGAAUGGUAUGGGGAAGAAACAAGUGUGCCCACCCCGUGCCCUUCCCCCAGUUCCAAGUGGAAGCCAAGAUGAAAUUCCGCUUAGUCGUCCAAAAAGAAAGAAGCCCAAAGGAAAAAAUGCAUUGGAGGGUAUUGUUCACGCAGCUGUCCGUCGGCCAUCUGAGAGUAGCGAGCCUCUAACUCCUGAGGUUCAGGAUGCUCCACCUCAGAGGAAACGCAAGAAGAAGAGAAGGCCUCCUGAAUCUGAGACCUCUUUCAUCCAGCAGAAUUUGCACAACACAUCCUUUUUUCAAACUGAAAAUGGCAUGGAUCCCCAGCCCUCUGAAGAAACAGUGAUUCGUAAACAUCGAAAAAAAACAAAGAAGACUCGGCCAGCAGAAAUGCAGUGUUCCAAUGAACUGGGAGUGGAGGAAGAGGACAUUAUUGAAGAUGAACAAACAAAAAGUCCAGAUCAGCAACCUGUAUUUGCUGCUCCCGCUGGUGCUAGCCAGCCUGUGAGCAAAGUGUUUGUUGAAAAAAAUCGGCGUUUCCAGGCAGCUGACCGCACAGAACUGGUUAAAACCACAGAAAACAUUGAUGUAUUUAUGGAUGUAAAGGCUUUAUGGACCACCAGGGAUGUGGCACUUUCGGUGCACCGUGGUUUCAGGGUGAUUGGACUCUUUACUCAUGGCUUCCUUGCUGGCUAUGCUGUGUGGAACAUUAUUGUAAUAUACAUUCUAGCAGGAAACCAGCUGUCCACUCUCUCAAACCUGCUAGAGCAGUACAAGGCCUUAGCAUAUCCUGCCCAGAGUUUCCUUUACUUGUUGUUGGCUAUCAGCACAGUUUCAGCCUUUGACAGGAUUGACUUGGCUAAAGCAUCAGUAGCCAUGCGAGGCUUCCUGACCCUGGAUCCAACAGCCAUAGCCUCUUUCUUAUACUUUGUUGCUCUCAUCUUGUCUCUGAGCCAGCAGAUGACAAGUGACAGAAUCAACCUCUAUACACCACCUUCGGAGAAUGGGAGCCUCUGGACUGCAGGUGCAGAGGAACAGAUUCUUCAGCCAUGGAUUGUGAUGAAUCUGGUGGUAGCUCUUCUAGUUGGGCUAUCCUGGCUCUUCUUAUCUUACCGACCAGAGCUAGAUCACAGUGAAGAACUGAUGUUUCAUGCUGAAGUAGAAGAAUUUCCUCAACUGGAUAAAGGCCUCAAUGUCCAGUCAUAGUGCAGAAAAUGCAUCUUCAAAUACUGUAGCUGAGACUGAGGACUUAGCACUUACAUGUAUUGUACUUGUAUAUAAUGCUUUUCUACAAAACAAAAUUUGUAUUUUUGUAUAUUUUUAUAUGUACUUGUUUCUGAUGGAUCUUUUAUUUUAAUUAUGCUAUUUUAAAAAAUUCCAAAGAUUUUUGAAAAUAGGAGUGUAAAACAUUUUAUAUUUUUUUCUGAUAAAGUGAGUCUUUUCUGGUAGAUAAACUCAAAACUAGUUUGAUAAACAUCUCCACCUACAUAGCAUGGGAAGAAGACUGAUGGGAUACAAAAGAUCAGAUGGGCAAAUGCUUUUGUGAGUAGCAUUUUUUUUUUAAUCCUCAACCAGUUGUAUUUGAGUGUUGAUGCUAAUAUCAACUCAUCUGAGUAGGACGUAUUAUUUGGUAAAAUAUUUGUAAAGAUCAAAACACAAGUCAUCUUAUGAAAAAAAAUAGUAGAAUAAAAGUUAUUUUAACAGAAUAUAAGGUUAGAGAGAAAAUUAACAGCCCUUUGGGGUGAUCUGUUUUAGUUGUCCUAGAAAAAUGUGUUGCUGGUGUAAGGAAAUAGGCUGUCUAGGGAUGUGUCUACAGUACAGAGUUAGGUUGACACCAGUGUCGCUGACAGUCAUUAACUGCAAUAACAGUAUCAGUUGCACAUGUUUACAUAAUGCUCCUGUGUCAACGGAGUGCAUCAACAGUUGGUUCUCUAGCAUUGAUGGAGAGAGCAAUGCACCAUGGGUAGCUAGCCCACUGUGCAACUUGCCACCUUCUGCUGCUCGGAGUUGUGGGAAUGGGGAAUAGAUCAGAGUACAUCAUCGUUGCGGGUGCACUGUCCCAUGAUGCAGUUUUUUCUGUCCCAUCAUUCCAUGGGUGUCCGAUUUAUGUUUCACGCCACUUUUCAGCAGCUCCUGUAAACUAUGCGCCCACCCUCUCCACCUGAAAUCAUGGAUCCAGCAUUGCUGUCUAGUCUUGUGAUAAGUGUUAUGAACUCAAGAUGGCUGAUUUUAUGAGUAUUUUAUGAGCUGCAAAUCUGAACAGGAAUCCGUGGUGCCUGCCCCGCUGUGUGCCAUGCAAAGAAACCAUUCCAAAUUACUUUUGACAUUCAUGGAGUGGCUGCACAUGGUGGACCAUUGCGCUUGGGAAACAAGCACCAAGUGGUGGGAUCACAUCGCUAUGCAGGUAUUGGAUGAUGACCAGUGGUUGCAAAGCUUUCGGAUGCAGAAAACCACUUUCUUGGAACUGUGUGGAGCUCGCCCCUGACCUAUGGCACAAGGACACCACAAUGAGAGCUGCCCUUUUGGUGGAGAAGCAUGUGGCGAUUGCUGUGUGGAAGCUGGCAACUCCAGACUGCUACUGGUCAGUUGCAAAUCAGUUUGGAGUUGGGAAGUCCACCACGUGGGUUGCAUUUACCCAGAUUUUGCAGGUCCAUUAAUCACAUCCUGCUACCAAGGACUGUUACACUGGGAAAUGUGUGAAAUAGUGGAUGGUUUUUUUGCAAUGGGAUUCCUUAACUGUGGCAGAGUGAUUGAUGGCAUGCCUAUCCCAAUUUUGGCCCUGGGCGGUCUUGCAAGAGAAUACAUCAAUAGAAAGGGGUACUUCUCUGCGGUAUUGUAGGCACUUACCUGAAUUACCGAGCUCGUUUCCUGCUAUCGAUGCGAGGUGGUCAGGAAAGGUGCAUGAUCCAUGCACCUUCAAGGAGCCUGGCCUAUACAGAAAGCUGCAAGCAGGGACUUUCUUUCGAGACCAGAAAAUUCCAAAGGGGGAUGUUGAAAUCCCCGUAGAAAGCCUAGCCCUUAUUCCCAUGGCUCAUGAAACCUUAGACAGGAAACCUGGAUGGCAACAAGGAGCAUUUAACAAUAGGU